CAUUCCCUUCUUCUGCCCAUCAUCAUCAUCCACCGCUGCGCCGACCUUGGCCUAUUGUAUACCAUCAGCACUAGCAUCAUCAUUGUGUCCCCCCAAGCCAUCGUCAUCCGUGUCAUUCACGCCACGGCUUGGCUGCUGGCCAGCCACUCGCGACUCUGCGCCCUUCAUUGUUCAUCAAAAGCCCGUCCUUCUGCUGUGCACCCAACUCCGUCCGCUGAUGAAGUGAUCCUCGACCGACAGGCAGCAUCAAACGAGCCAUUCGGCGCACCACCUCCACCUUCUCCAACGCGAUGCCGAGCAACAAUAAACCCAAUGGACAUGCGACAGGAGGAGACACAAAUGAGCGCACACCUCUGGUGGCUGACUCGAGCCGACUGGGCAACACCUCGCGCUCGACGAACAACGGCGAAGGAGCGCCGCUGUCUGAGGACAAGCGGUGGUAUGUGAGGCUGCCGAGCGACUUUGUGCGCUUGACGUGGUUGACUCUGGCGAGCAACUAUGUCAAUGUGCUCCUCGUCGCAGUCCCAGCCGGUAUUAUUGUGGGCGCCAUGGACCUGAACCCUACUGCAGUCUUCAUUAUCAACUUCUUCGCAAUCGUGCCAUUGGCGGGAUUGCUGAGCUUUGCAACGGAGGAGCUUUCGGUCAAGCUGGGUCAAACACUGGGAGGAUUGAUGAACGCGACAUUCGGAAAUGCUGUCGAAUUGAUCGUCUCUAUUGUGGCGCUGCGCAAAGGCGAAAUCCGGAUCGUUCAAGCCAGCAUGCUGGGCUCGAUACUAUCCAACAUCUUGCUGGUGCUAGGCUGCUGCUUCGUCGCCUCUGGAAUUCGACGCCGCGAGAGCAGAUUCAACGAGACGGUGGCAUCGACCAUGUCAUCGCUCAUGGCAGUCGCAGCCACGUCGCUCAUCAUUCCCGCGACCAUGUACGCCGCUCUUUCCAAGAGCGAUGCAGAUUCCGUCGGGAACAUCCUGGUUCUGUCGCGUGGCACGGCCAUCAUCCUCCUCAUCCUCUACGUUCUAUACUUGGUCUUCCAGCUGAAGACUCACGCACAUCUCUUCGAUGCCGAAGCUCAAGAGGGCGGGGACGGAGAUGAAGAACAGAAAGAGCCAGAGAUUUUGGGUCCUAUUCCAGCCAUGAUAUGCCUCAUCUUGGUGACAGUGCUCGUCGCCGUCUGCGCUGAAUACCUCGUGGACAGCAUCGAUUCGAUCGUCGCUUCUUCUGGUAUUAGCAAGACAUUUAUUGGUCUGAUUCUGCUCCCCAUUGUCGGCAACGCGGCAGAGCACGUCACAGCUGUCGUGGUCGCGUGGAAGGACAAGAUGGAUCUCGCUGUCGGAGUCGCCAUCGGAUCCUCGAUGCAAAUCGCGCUGUUCGUGACCCCAUUCCUGGUGAUUUUGGGCUGGAUCAUCGGUGAGGAUAUGACACUACACUUCCAGGGCUUUGAGACUGUAGUCUUCUUCCUGAGUGUCUUGGUGGUCAACUACCUCAUCUCGGAUGGCAAGAGCAACUACCUCGAAGGUUGCAUGUGUCUCGGCACAUACAUCAUAAUCGCUUUGGCGUUCUGGGUGUACCCUGAAGAUGCUGGCGACAUUGGAAGCAUGAUUUCUGGUUUCUUUGGUCAUUGAAAUUUGGACGAAAAUAUGGCGACGGGUAUAGUGUUUCUCGAAUAAGUGUACUACUCUGCUUCAGAAGACAGAUUCGACGAGUGUCAGUUGUGGGAGGGGGGGCUGCUUCAAAAAAAGAAGCGAAGAGGCAACGAUCCUCCUUGUGUAUUAUACAAUCCAAGCCUCAGGCAGAUUUGAGCGAUUUUCAUCAUGUCAAACCCAAGUCCCC